AUGAGGCACAAUGAAGAGAACUUCAUCAUCCUUCUUAUAUAUGUUGAUGAUGUUAUCUUGGCUGGUAAUAAUUUGGUUGAGAUGGAGACUCUUAAAGUUCAUCUGAACAAUAAGUUUCAGCUUAAGGAUCUUGGAGAUCUCAAGCAUUAUGCCUUCCAAAUGUUAGAGGAUCUUGGCCAUUUGGGGUGCAAGCCUGUGAACACCCCUAUGGAAGCCAAUUUGAAACUAAGUCAAGAUGAGGAAGAUAGAUUGGCUGAUCCUAAGCUUUGUAGGAGAGCCAUUGGAAAGUUGCAAUAUUUGACCAUUACAAGGUUGGAUAUAUCCUUCUCGGUCAACAAGCUAAGCCAAUUCCUUGUUACUCCCAAAGCUAUACAUAUGAAGGCUACUGAAAGGGUCCUUCAAUAUGUCAAGAAUUGCCCUGGUCAAGGUUUAUUCUUCCCCGCUACAUCAGAGAUUCAACUUAAAGCUUAUACGAAUGCGGAUUGGGGAACUUAUCCUGAUACUAGAAGAUCCACUACGGGAAUUUUUAUUUUUCUUGGACAAUCUCUGAUUUCUUGA